AUGGUGGCAUUGUUAGGAUUAACUAGGUAUAACACAGGAUAUAAUUUAUCACCAGCAGUACACCAUCCUUUAUCUAUUGGAAUUCUAAUGAUAUUAAUUGGUAUUUCAAUGUGUUUAGCAUCAGUUUCAACAAUUAUUUCAUUAGCAAAGAAGAAUACAAUUGCAGGAAUAAUAUCAUUAUCAUUAUUUGUUUUAGUUUCCAUAAUGUUAACGGUUCAAGCUAUUAUGUGUGGUAUUGAUUACACAGUAUUAAAAGUAGAUAAAAUAGAAGAAUAUGAUCUUCAAGUAAUUGAAGAACAAUUCAAUUGUUGUGGAUGGAAAAGUAUAAGACAAAAUUGUAUUUCUGACAUCGGAUUAUUGAUGAAACAAAAUUGUUUUGAAACAGUUGGAAAGAAUGUGAUAUCAAUGUUUGGUAUAGACACAUUUAUUUCAGUUUUAUUCCUAGUGUUUACUUUCUUCUUAAUUUUUGUUUCUUAUCAAUCUCUAAAAACAAAACCUCAGAAAGCACAUGUUAAUUGA